AUGCCCCUCCCAGCAACUUCCCUGUUCGGCCUAGAUUUUGACGACUUACCGCUGAGAGAAAGCUGUCCAGGCCGCUGA